AUGGCUCAAACGAACACAUCUAUUGUCGGCGGACCACUGUGUCUGACGGCGGCGAACGGUGACCGUUCCGACGAACAGGCUUCACAAGUCUGGAAAGAUUUGCGUGAGAGAUUUUCCCAAUCAGAUACUUUUCGUAUUGCUGAUCUCCAAGAAGAUAUUUUUCGAAUGCAACAAGGAACAAGGUCAAUUUCAGAAUAUUUCACUCAGUUAAAGAUCCUAUGGGACGAACUUGAUAGUCUUGAACCUUCACUCAACUGUUCUUGUGGAGCUUUAGUACAGAUAAAAGCUACUAAAGAAAGAGAUCAUAUAAUUCGUUUCUUGAGAGGACUCAAUGAGAGAUACUCACAAGCAAGGUCCCAGAUAAUGCUCAUGCAACCUUUACCAGGUAUGAAUUCAGUCUUUUCACUAGUCAUCCAGCAAGAACGUCAAUUGAAUGAAGAUAGUGUUGAAAAUGAAAUUGAAAAAGAGCCCAAGGUUCUGUUAAAUGUCACCACUCAACAAUACACACGAGGAGGUGGACAAUUUACAAGAGGAAGAGGUCGCACCUUCACUGGAAGAGGUGGACAAUUUGCUGGAAGAGGACGUGGAAGCAUAAAUAGAAUCUGUACCUACUGUGGUAGAACUAACCACACUAUAGAGACGUGUUACAAGAAACAUGGCUACCCACCUGGUUAUACAUUCUCUCAUAAAGCGAAUGCUGUUUCACAAGUGGAAACUGAUGCAAAUCUUGAUGAAUUCUUUGAAGAACAGUCUCAGAAACACCAUGAACAAGAUUGUACCUUCUCUAAAGAGCAAUAUAACAGUAUUUUAGACUUGCUGCAGCAAACAAAAGUUAGUUCAAAUCAUGCUUCCAAUGCUGUGCACACCACUAUGUUCAACACCAAUCACACUUUGAACUCUGUUUAA